GCCUUACCAACAGACACGUUCACCAUCGUAGUUCAUGCGCCACCGAUACUAAAUUUUACGGUUAAAGCCACUCCACGCGUGUCAGCAAUCGCCGGUAUAAUAUCUGCCUCGAUCGCUGAUAAGUCUCUUCGCAAGAGGAAUAGUCAAACUAGAACAACAAUUGUGAAUUGAAAAACUUGAAAAUGUCGACUUUCUUGUAUUUUGCUUAUGGAAGUAAUUUAUUAACUAAAAGAAUUCACAUCAACAAUCCCACUGCUGUGAGGAGAGGCAUUGGAUGCCUGAAGGACUUUAGACUCGAUUUUACGAGAUAUUCUGAGAACUGGAGAGGGGCCUCGGCGACGAUAGUCCCUACACCGGAUGCUCACGUGUGGGGGGCUAUUUGGGAAAUUGAUCUGUGUAAUUUGGCAGAUUUGGAUCGUCAGGAGGGAGUUGAUGAUGCGAUUUAUUUUCCACUUGAAGUCGAUGUGGAGAGGCCUGAGGGGGGGACUGUCAAAUGCCGGGUUUAUCAGCAGUGUAAUAAUCCGAGGGAGUGUAUACAUGUUGCAAAAUUGCCAGAGCAACGACAGCCUUCACUAGUUUAUCUAACAACGAUGUUCAAAGGAGCUGAAGAAAGUGGAAUUCCCAGCAGCUACGUAGACUACCUGAAGUCUGUUAAGCACAAUGGAUACGCAGGAAAGGUAGACAUCGGCCUGGCUCAGAGUGAAAUAUGAAGGACUUGAUGGGAGCAUCUCCAGCGAACUCUCGGUACUGCGGGCUCUCCGUGGCCAGUCGAGCCGCUUCCUCGUCACUGAGGGUGUCCAGUAUUUCCCUGCGGACCUUGAGUUUCUCCAGACCGUUGCCAUUUACCUGAAUACACGAAUCAAUCAUUUAUUUUUCUAUCAAUUAAUAUAUGUAAAAUAAUAAGAAUAAAGAAAAGGAAUUUUGAAAA